AUGAAACACAGUGAAGUACGUUUAUCAGGUAGUGAAGAUGAUCUACCUACUUCAACAAGUCGAUUAAAAUUGGUACGUAGUGAAAGUGUACAAGUGGCUACAGAAGAGGAGAUAUUCUCAUUAGCUAAACUAUUCUCUGAAGUUGGUGGUUUAUGCUCAUUGUUCAUUGGUUUUAGUUGUAUAUUUCUGUUUGAAUUGUUAGAAGCGCUUAUUUUAAUGCAUUAUCCAAAGAAUAAAACAAAGAAAUCAUUAGAACUGAUCAAUAAUAGUAAUGUGAUUUCUCAACCAGAAUUUUUUCAACAUAAUGAUGAAAAGUGUUUGAAGAAAUUUACUGCUAAAACUGACACAGAUAGUGUACCGAACAUUACAACAGACUACAUAAUAAGUUCACCGACAACUACAACAAUAAAUACUACUAAUAUGUCUAAGGAUGAUGACAGUAGUAUGUUCAGUGGUAAUGAUGAAUAUAGAAAGAGUCAAACACAGAAAUUUGACGAUCCACUAGAACUGAACAAAGCCAAUGUUAGCACAUUUCCAGAAGAUGAAUACCUAGAAAAAGAAACACAAGUGUCUUCUCAAAAUAAGUAUUUCAGUGGCUUGAAAAAUGAGUUGAAAAAUCCCACUUAUCCUGUGGACAAAAGUUCUAUCCCACUAAAGGCAUUAUAUCAUCAACAAGAUGAGGAUAUUGAUCGUAAUCAUGAAUGUGAUGGUAGAACCGAUAAUAAUGGUGUUAACAAACACAUUCUCUCCUUGUAUAACAGACAUACAACUGAACCAAAUGAAUUUAGUCAAUCCAGUCAUGUGUAUAUGUUGCCUAUUCGACUAACAACUAAUGUUUUAUUGCAUAAAAUAAUGGAGAAUCAGACAAAAACUGCUAGUUUAAACUCUCGUGAACAUUCUGUUUGUUCAGCUGAUAUGGUUGGAAGAGAUUAUAACUAUAGUGAGACAAUAACAGUGUGUUCACGAGAAGAACUGAUCGAGUUACUGCACCAAAACAGAAUACGUAUCAAAGUAAUGUUCACAGAACAAUGA